AUGACGCUCGGGCAGGAGUUCAACGCGUUCGCGCGGAGCAUCGAGGACGAGAUCGAGGCGCUCGAGGCGGUGGAAUCGAAGCGGCUGCACGAGUGCAACAUGGGGGGGACGGCGAUCGGGACGGGCUUGAACGCGCCGGCGGGGUACGCCGAGGCGUGCGCGUCGCACCUCGCGGCGAUCUCCGGGAUGCCGAUCACGUCCGCGCCGGACCUCGUGGAGGCGACGCAGGACACGCAGGCGUUCGUGCUCUAUUCCUCGGCGAUGAAGAGCCUGGCGAUCAAGCUGUCGAAGAUCUGCAACGAUCUGCGGCUGCUCUCGUCCGGGCCGCGUGCGGGGUUCAAUGAGAUCAACCUGCCGGCGAAGCAGCCGGGCUCGUCGAUCAUGCCGGGCAAGGUGAACCCUGUGAUCCCGGAGGUGAUGAACCAGGUGUGCUUCCGGGUGAUCGGGAACGACGUCGUCGUCACGAUGGCGGCGGAGGCGGGGCAGUUGCAGCUCAACGUGAUGGAGCCGGUGAUCGCCCACGCGAUCCUGGAGUCGCAGACGAUGCUGGGCAACGCCUCGCGGACGCUCGAGGAGAACUGCGUCGUCGGCAUCACCGCCAACGAGGGUGUGUGCAGGGAGUUCGUGGAGCGCAGCAUCGGCGUUGUCACGGCGCUGAACCCGGUGCUGGGGUACAAGAAAUCGACGGCGAUCGCCGCGAAGGCGCUGGAAACCGGGAAGGGCGUCGUCGAGCUUGUCCGCGAGGAGGGGCUCCUGAGCGAGGAGCAGAUCGCGGAGCACCUGGACCCGGCGCGGAUGGCGAACCUCCGCACCGUCUGA